GAAGACCGUUUCUCGAGUUGGCAGCUCCACGACGACCUUUGUACCGCUCCCGGCAUAGGACUCUGGUCCUGCCCAUCCUCCUCUCUCGCUUUCUUUGAAAACUCAUCAUGGCUGGUCUAACUAUGUUACUACCCCUCACACUCCUUUUCUUUUCCUGGGGCUCUUCUCAGGUCCACGCCGCCCAAGGCAACGAGAGCUGUUCGACCAGCACCCAACGACUUCAACUAGGCACUUAUCAGUUCACUUCGGACUGCGAUACGAUGUGGUGGUGCAAUUCGUCAAACAUUUGUGAUUGGAAAGGAUGCAGGCGGGACGAGUUUCCAUUCGGAUACUGGGAGAAUGCCACUAUCCCUGAAGGCUGCCCCCGAGGGUCCUUCUGUCCGGACGAAGAGGAUUCUUGCCAACCAUUGCUCGCUGUUGGAAGUCCUUGCCAACUGAACAGAGAUGACGAGUGCGAGGCACCUCCUGACUUUCAGGAUCUUGCAGACAAUACCGGAUUGGGUCGAAAUGUCAAUGGUUCUGUUUGCCUCAACAAUGUGUGCAUGUGGGCAAAUGUCACGUUGGGCCUCCCCUGUGCCGUUGAGAACGUGCCCUAUACCGUCUACACUCAAGACACCGAAUUUAUCGACAUUGUUUCCCGCGACAACUGCCGCUUGGGUCUCUACUGUGAUGCCUCACAGAAAGUGUGCAUGCAAAUGAAGGAGCUUGGAGAGUCAUGCCAAGCAGACAAAGAAUGCCAGUCUUUCAACUGUCUUGCCACCGGUGUCUGUGGUAAACCGGCCGAUACCCCCAGUCAUGUAGCAUUCUGGGUUUACAUCAUCUGUGGUAUCGCUAUAUUCGGAGGUAUGAUCGCCACGUUGAUCGGCAUGUUCUUCUUGCACAAGGGUCAGCGUGACGUUGAGCGAGAGAAGCGUAUGCAAUACUGGCGCGAGCAGAACGCAUUCCGUCAAAAUAUCAUCCAAAUGCAAGAGACUGCCCGCCACUCACUUAUGUCGCUUCCCAUGGGUGGCAGCCAGCGCAACUCGAUGUACAGCCGUGAUGGCGUGACCUCAGAGGAUUCCCAGAUGCCCAUGUUGCACGCUGCCAGCAAAUCCAGCGCUCUUCGUCAUUACGUUUCGGAAGAGGGCUUGAGCGGUAGCGAAGAGAGCAUCAUGAUGAAGCGAGGCGACAAGCAGGAUCUCAAUCGAUUCUGAAUGUCUUGAACAUGUACGAUUUUACUGCCGCCAUUUAGAGGGCGCAGAGACACUUGUCGACACAUCCUUAUCUGUCUGCAAUAUUCCCCCGGACUAUUCUCUUUACGUACUUUCUAAUACAUAUUCUCUCUGGAUACCACCUUGAAAUUUUGAGAGCUCGUAUGCUUGGUGCAUUCCAUACACGGUCCGCUUGGGGUUCCAAGAAUACACAACUACUAUUUAUAGCAAGAUCCUGUGGGCGC